GCGUCAGGCGCAGCGGUUGCCAGGUGUGUGGAGAUCGUCUGGAGAUCGUCUGGCGUUAUGCCAUGACUGAAGAAGUCUCCCUUUUCCCUCGGUGUCAACCAAAAUGUUCAUGAUUCGCGAGGCUGUCGAGCUCAUUGAGUGGUAACAACAAGACGCGCUGCCUCGAGCUCAUAUUACAUCAUUACCACCUGCUUGUGAUGUCACUUCCAUGUCACAGAGUGUGACGGCUCGUGCCAGGAUGGUGAAAGGUCCCAGGCUGGCGUCGCUGCUUCUGCUGCUGACUUUAGCUGCAGAAUGCAACUGCACAUCUCCACCAGGAAAACCAGUCCUGCUUGGCUGCAGGUCCCCAGAGAAGGAGACUUUUUUCUGCUGGUGGAACCCAGGCUCUGAUGGAGGGCUGCCGACGGUGCAUCACCUCUACUAUGAGAGAGAUGAUUUGGAGGGAAUGCAGCAGUGCCUGGACUAUCGCACAGCUGGAAGCAACUCCUGUUUCUUUAACAAGACCUACACCUCUAUCUGGGUCGACUACACUGUGACCGUGGUGGCCUCCAAUGCCCUUGGGAGCACUUCUUCAGAAGCUCAUAGAAUUGAUGUGAUGAACAUUGUGAAGCCCUACGCUCCUGAAAAUGUUACACUGGUGGUCAAGAUGGAGGACAGUCCACACCUCUCCAUCCGAUGGCAUCGGCCCUCUAACACCGACACCAGGUCAGGCUGGGUCACCGUGCAGUACCAACUGAGAAUCAAACAAGAGAACAGCAAAAACUGGAAGAAUUACACAUCAGGUACACAAACACAUUUCACCAUUUACGGCAUCGAUCCUGGGGUGGUGUACAUAGUUCAAGUGCGCUGUGCACUCGACCAUGGCACCUGGAGCGAGUGGAGCAACACUACCUCUGUCAAAGUCCCCAACUUUCCUCACACUGACAGUUCCUUUUGGAUACUGGUCUUCGGCCUUUCUGCUAUUCCGUUGUUAGCAGCAACGUUUAUCUUGGUCAUGAAGAGGAAACAUGUGAAGCAGUGUAUUCUGCCCCCUGUCCCUGGUCCAAAGAUAAGAGGAGUUGAUGUUCAACUUCUCAAGAGCGGCCGAUCGGAUGAUGUCAUCAACGCCAUGUUUGUCAACCAGAAAUUUCCUGCCAUGAUACCCUGGACGGACCAGAAAGAGCAGUACCUGAUUGUGUCUGACAAAGAUACCUCGUCUUUGCCAGAGGAAAGGAAGAAAAUGUUCAUUAUUCCAGCUGCCUUAAUAUUAGACUCAGAAAUCUCAGUGAAGGAGUCAAGUGAAGCGGAUCGCUUUGUAGAAGACUGUGAAUUUCCCUCAGAGGAGAGUUCAUCUAACACGGAGCCAUUGCAGCUGCUUCCUAAAUGCCCAAGUGCAAGCCUUUUGAAUGGUGAAGUGGCCAACCAGCACAAAGAUGUUACUGUAAAGACCAUCCAACCCUUUGGAAACGGUGGUUAUGUGGAUAUUCCAAGUCCUGAGAACAUGGAGGAGGGAAACUACAGCAGAGUGAACGAGGUGAACGGUGAUGAUGUUUUUAUCAAGAAGACAGAAAAUGCCCCCCAUGCUCUGGACAUUCAGGGACAAAAAGGGGGUGUGCCCGAGGACUACAGCAGGGUGAAAGAAGUGAACAGUGAUAAGAUGGUUUUUCUGGAGAAACAUUGUGACUCAGUUAACUCUUCUGUUAAGAGUAAAGGGUACAUAGACUGGGUCAUUCAGAACUCAAAAAAUCCCCAUAUGACUGGGCCCAGUGAAGGGGGAGUGGGCACAGGACUAAGUGGCUGUGAAUAUGUAGAAACUGUCCCUCAACCAGCUAUAAUCUAAAGGUCUUUGUUAUAUAAAAUGUUGUUAUAAGCUGAAAGCAGACAUUCAUCAUUAUUUAGUGUUGAACUAAAGGAAGAAGCUGGCAAUAUUCUAUAUUUCUGCUGUUUUGUUGGAUGUACAGUCUCAGGUCCAGAGUGGAACUUACUGCAGAUACCCAAGACCUCCGGCUACUGACCAUAAAACAAAUUCCUCUUGCACCAACAGCAGGUCAAAGUGCAUCCUUACUCAGCACAACAGCUCGACACAUGCUCAUUAGAUCUUCACAUUUCAUCCAGACAUCCACCGCAAAUGACUUUGGUGUUCUGCUGUUUCGCCUUGAGUCAUCAAGGAGCUGGCAUUUUUGGUUUUGAGUGACAUCUACUGAAUGGAUUGUUAUGAGAUUUUCUGCAGAUAUUAAAAUCUUGAAAUGAUGAAUACUAAUAGCAUUGAUGGUCCUCUGACUUUUCAACCAAAUUUUGAUUUCACUGCUUAAUACCUGCAAAACUAACCAAAAUCAUCUCAGCCUCAGGUGUAAUUUGUGUUUAAUAAUAAUUAGUGUUAGCAUGCUGCACGUACCUGCUAAACGUCAAAUCCCUUUUAGCUCAAAGCAUGAGCAUGCGUCCAAAUGCAGAAUCACAACUGCAUUUAAGUCAACUCCCGUAUUAUAUUAUAGAUUUAUAUCAAGCUUUCAGAACACUACCAGUAGUAAGAAUGUUUUUUUUUUUUUUAUAUAUAAAGGGGAAAAAAAAUUUCAUCAUUUAAUGUUUGUUGGCAAAGAAAUGGUUACUUGAUCUCAGCACAAAUGUUUUAAAAUGGUGGCAUACUGGGGUAUUAUUAAAUUUUAUUUGAGCCAAAUCACAAAUAUAAACAGACUGCACACAAGCCUGUCAGGAGUCCAAUCAGCCAAAUAUUUAAGACACUGUAUGGUUAAAAAAAAAUGCUGGAGAAUUAAAGCAUUUACAUGUUUUACUGGUGUAAAAUUAUCAUUUGAUUUUUUUUUUUUUUAUGUAUUUUUUGUAAUAUAAUGCAAGGAGUUACAGACACAUGUAAAAUGGCCUUGCAUCCAAUUACAUGAGGGAUUUAAUUAUUUUUUUUAAACAUUCAAUUAAGCAUCAGUAGUAGAAAAUGUAUUAACACAGAUGAUGUAAUAAAAGAUGGACCAAUCAC